AUGGGCUUGUCCCAAGGUGGCAGUGUCGUCUGCAUCUACCUAAUGCGCCUGUCCGAUCGGCGUGGUUCGUGCCACCCGCUACGCUUCGCCGUGCUCAUCGCCAGCGGCAACGUGACGGAUGGGUACCUCAACCUGCGCACUUCACCGGUGUUGAGCCCGCUUGCCAAGGAGGGGAGGGUGGCACGACAGAUUCUGAGCAUCCCUUCUCUGCAUGCAAUCGGUGACAUGGACGAGACGAAGAGCCCGACCACGGAUUUGACGCGGUUUUGGGAGCCCGGGAAGGCAACCUUGGACACCUUGGACACCUCGGCGGGCCUCCAUAGCAUCCCGAAUGACGCGUCAUCUGUCGGGAGAGUAGCUGCCGCUGCCAACGUCAUGAUUCGAAGUGCUAUAUGA